CGGUCUAUUAGGCUAUUAGUUUAAAAUGGUUUCGUGUAUGAUGAGGCAGAGCGAUGAGAAACACAUUCUUGGCACCGCUUCAACUGAAAUUCUUCUUUGGUCAUCGAGGCGAGAUCUUAUUGCCGUCUCUAACAGUUCUGGCGAAGUUUUUCUUCGUAGGCUAUCAUGGAGUAAAGUUUGGAAGCUUCCUAAAACCGGAGAUGGUGUCAAAGUCACUGCAAUUGUUUGGAGACCAGAUAGUGUAGUGCUUGCAGUUGGAUACAGCUCUGGUGACAUGACUCUUGUUGAUGUUGAAUCCGGGGAUAUUGUCCACACAUUUAAUCCAUGUGGGGAACCUAUUACAGCCCUUUCUUGGGAAAACAGUAUCGCCAGUUUGAACGAAGAGGCUGAAAAUCUUUUACUGCCAGAACUGCUCCCUCAGCCAUCAAAAGUGAAUUCUUCUAAACUUGAUUCAGGAUCAAUGCUGGAAGGUGAUAAAGACUUGAAGAAUGAAGAGCUGCUGAGCCUUUUGUGGAUUGGUCUUAAAAAUGGGUUAGUUUAUGGGUAUGCAUUUGGAUUGUUUCCUUGCUGCCUUCUUAAACUCUCCAAACUGAGUGGUAUGAACGAAACGAUUGGUGCUGUUCGAAGUAUUUGUCCCAACGGAGACCAUAGCCAGCUGUGCAUACUAGCCGACCUUCGAGCUGGACGCUCGGAGGUGCUUCUGAUGACAGUGGACACUCCAUUGAUAACAUAUUGUUUGAAGGAAUUAUAUGGUCUAGGAGUUCUCUAUCGACAGAUAACCGGACUUAUGGAUUGUCUAAUUAGUGCCCAGAAAGCUCUUCAAGAAGCAUGGGAAGAUGCACUAGUCGAUUUGGAGUCAAAAAUGGUUCGGUAUGACAAUAACGAUGGCCAAAGUAGCUUAUCCGUAGAUUUGAUGGAGCUUCUGAUGUUUGGCCAUGCUGGUAUUAAACUAGAGAAAUUUCUAGUAACCGAUUUGACCGAUAAAGGUCUCAAACGUAUCGGACAAGCUGUAGAAUUAUCCUACAGCAACAUGCAGAAACUGCUCGUUAAACACAUUGUAUGUGCCAACUACCAAUUAUCGCAUUAUUUGACUCAACUUUGCGGGUUGGCUAAACAAGAAGAUCGUUUCUCAUGCCUCGGCCUUCAAGUGAAUUUGUGUUUGAGUGCUUGUCGGGCUGCCGGUUCCUUUACAGCCAAGACAGCUGAGCUUCAACAAGUAAUAGAUGGUUCAAUCAAGUACCUCAAAACUUUUUUCCGCUGGCUAUACGUGACUAUCCUUCGACUUUCGGAUGAACCCAUCCCACCUGAACUUGCUACAAGUACCCAGCAAGACGUGCGAUUUAUCGCCAACUUCUUGGCAAAAGAUUUCGAAACAGACGGACAGGUGCGCCUGGAUCGUAUUGGACAGUAUUUAAGAAACGAAUCAUUGACUUCUAUCACCAGCUCUAAAACUCGCCCUUGGGAUAUGUUGGCAGAAGCGUGUCAGACUAUAACGAAUUUUCCAGAUUCCGACCUCUUCCAGCCACGAGCUGAACGGUCUCUUGUCCAAGAAUUUACUCAUUUGGAACAACAGGUCAAAGCUAGUUUUGAAGCCAUUCCUUCAGCCGUGGGACAAACUGCGUCCCUGCCGUUCAUGACCAAUCUCACUCUAGACUGUCAAAGUGAUGGCCUAGAUAAGAUCAAAAUCACUUCACGGUCCAUUAACCAACCUAAAGACCGCUGCAACUUGAUUGGCCUAACUAAUUCAGCCACUCCUUCAUCAGGGUUUUAUUUGUUUGAAUUCGCUUCGGAGAAGGAACGCAAGAAUUUGACGCGGGCAGCGUUCUUCUCCUUUAGAAGGUGCGACCAUCUACCGCCUGGUGAAUAUAAGCUUAGUGACAUGCAGUUUUAUAACAACGAGGUUAUGUCGGUAUUACUUUUGACUGAAGAAAACACGACCAGUAUCUUCCUACAACUUAGCCUAGCCCUAUUGCGCGAACAAUUGGCACCCAUCAUGUCACGACGAGGACCAUUUAACUCGUCAUUCCAGACGGAACUUUUUGCUUCGUCAGUACUUAGCCAAAGCAACCUACGAUCGGUAGAUGUUAAUACCUUUAUAGAAGCUAGUUCGUUCCGCGUCUUCAACGACUUUCAAGCUACUGCCCUCGGGUUGUCUUCGAGUCGAAAAGUAGCAGCCAUCUUUUCUGCAGCUAAACGAAAAGUUCGCAUAUUUGACAUGGAAGUGGAAGAAGAGGAAGAUGUCGAAGACGAGGAUCAAGACAUCGAAGAUGUUUCAGACCUGUCCCAAGAGAUAUCAAAAGAUGGAGGAAACCAGAAAGACGUCAGCGAUGUAGAUAUGGCCGUCUCUCCCUGAAUGGCACAUGCUCUUUCGCUGACUAGACGAAGCCAUCCAUAUGCUCGUGAUGCCGCUCUCGGGAUAAGAGCUUCAACUCGACACCAUCCAGACUUAAUGCAUCUUGUAGCUGAAUUUCGACGUUGUACGCAUUUGCCUAUAAAUACACAUGUUAAUAGAAA